ACUGAACAUAAAUUAAUUUACGUGCGUCAUACAGAUCUCUUUUAGCGCCCAAUUCCGUCAAAAAUUAAACUUAUACACGGGAUUGCGGCCAUGUGGCAUCUCUAGCUGUGACGUCAUUAACGCAUGCCUUUUAAACGACUAUAUACUUAAUUACUUAUAUCUAGUACACGCAUUAAGAAAAAAAGACGCAUGACAGUAACAUUCAAUUCAUAUACAUACAUCGAAAAAUUUAUGUUGGACAACUUUGUCAUGAAAGAAUAUUCAAAGUAAAUUUACUGAAUUGAAUUUUAUACCAAAACAUGUGAAUCUAUGUGGUAAAAUUGGUUGAAAAACCCGUUUUUGAACAACGGUACGAUACCGUAGCUUACAACGUAACCUACCCGUCAUUCUUCAGUGUCAGAUUAAUCAUAAAGUCAAUUCGUAACAAUGUUAAAAAAAAUACUAUUCAACUUUAAAUCGAAGCAUACAUUUGGCUGGAUACAGUCUCGUUUUCUUAAUAAGCUGUCGGCGCAACAUCAAGAAAAUAUCGACGAAAAAAUGCAAGCUUGGCAGAUACAUUCCUACAGUGGGCUUGAGGAAUUGAAACUUUCAAAUAUCAGAAUUCCAGUAAUUAGUAGGCCAACAGAUGUUCUGAUAAAAGUAGAAGCGUCAAGCGUAAAUCCAAUUGAUAUUGCUAUGACAAGAGGGUAUGGGGCAACUGUAUUAAAUUUAAUGAGAAAAGCGAGAAGUUUUACUGGUGGACAAUACGAUGAAUUAGAAUUACCAUUAACUUUAGGCAGAGAUUUUUCUGGUAUUGUAGUAUCGAAAGGACAUGGUGUUGGAGAUAAAUUAAAAUUAGGUGAUGAAGUAUGGGGCGUCGUUCCUGUAGAACAGCAGGGUUGUCAUGCUGGCUAUGUAGUGGUUGAUAGUACAUUGGUCAGUCCACGACCUACGAAUUUAUCAUAUAUUGAAGCUGCUAGUAUUUUGUAUGCUGGUCUCACAGCAUGGUCUGCAUUGUGGAUCACCGGUGGAUUAUGUUAUAAAAGUACAAUGGCUAUGAGAAAAAAUAAUAGGGCCCUAGUAUUGGGUGGCUCAGGAGGAGUAGGAACAUUGGCUAUACAACUUUUAAAGGCUUGGGAUAUGCAUGUGAUUGCCACAUGCAGCAGUGAUGCUGUAAAUUUGGUGCAAAAAUUAGGGGCUGAUAUUGUAAUUGAUUAUAAAUUAGAUGGUGCUGAUUCGAAAAUAACUAUGGAGGGGCCUUACAACUUAAUUCUGGAUUGUGCUAAUCAAGGCCCAGAACAAAUAAGAUUAAAAGGGUAUCCACAUUCUACGUAUAUAACGUUGAAUUCUCCUUUACUCAAAAAUACCGAUCAACACGGAUUGAUUGCGGGGACGGUAAAAAAUAUUGGGGAAUUGGUGAAGUAUAAUAUGCCGGUGGUUGAUAAUAAAAGUACAGUGAAAUGGGCAUUUUUCACCCCUUCUGAAACAGGAAUUAAAAUGUUUAAAGAAUUUGUACAAAAUGGAGAAGUGGUUCCUGUGGUUAAAAAAGUGUAUCACUUUCAAGAUUUGCCAGUAGCAUAUGAAAGAGUAGCUCAAGGUCAUCUUCGAGGGAAAUUAGUAAUUGAUAUGAGAUAGUAUUCUUAA